AUGGCACAACCUUUGUCUGCGUCAGAACAAGUGUCGGCAGCAUUCUUCUGUCCACAAAAUAAACCCCCAAAAGCAGCUUACCUCGAUGAAAUUCGUCGCUAUCUUCGCAACAACAACACUCUCGCCCCUUUCCGAGAUGCCGUGCUCGAUCUCUCCUCAACAUGGCAAUUAUUUGCGCGAGAAAACGCUGACAUCGCCGCAAUGUCUCAAGGGCCUCAAUACAUUCAGUAUUUCCAUGACUGGAUUGCCUAUGAUGGCUCAUUUGCCAAAUCAGGAGACAUGAAAUGGAUCGAGAUCAUGUCCGGGCUAAUUUCUUUACCACUUCUUACUAUAAUGCAGACAGUGCAGUAUUUUCAGUUUCUUGAGUUUUUAGAGGAAAUCAAGCUUGGGGGUGCGCAAGGUUAUUGUGCUGGAUUAUUGCCGGCAUUUGCCAUUGCAGCAGCCCAUGAUGAAGAGGCAGUUGUGAAGAAUGCCUGUAUCUCUCUACGAUUAUCACUAGGCAUCGGUGCAUAUGGUGAACUAGGUGAUGAUCAAGAAACAACGGGACCGACAACGGUUGUUCUGCGAACGAAGUACAUCGGGCAGGCAGAGGAGAUUGUAAACAAAUUUCCGGGAACCUAUAUUUCAGCCAUCACGGAUCCAGAAACCAUAAGUAUAGUUGGCCCAACGAGAAUCAUUGACGAAGUCCAAUUGUAUGCCGAAGGCCAGGGGUUGACUGCCACAAAAUUACAUCUUAGAGGGAAGAUUCACAACCCAGAAAAUGCAGAUGUGUGCAAAGAGCUUAUUAUGGUAUGCGAAAAGUAUUCAGAAGCCCUACUCCUACCAACUUCGUCGGUCCUACAGAUUCCUGUCAAAUCAAACAUGACGGGAAGGCUUGUGAGAUCAACCGAUUCAUUGUCUAAGGAAAUUCUUGAAAGUACCCUCACAUCUCGAUGCGAAUGGCAUUGCUUGCUCACUGAACUGGCAAGUGAAUUACAGAAAACUGGAAAAAAUAAGCAUACGUUCGCACUCUUUGGAACUGGACGAAAAAACUGCGUGCCUCUAAGGUCGUUCGAAGAGAAGGGCAUGACUAUCACAAAGCUCGAUGUAGUGUUAUAUGUCCAGCCUCUCGAGAUUGCUAGAGAUGGCAGGCUUCUUCAUCAGUUCCCAGAAAAUGCAAUUGCUAUCGUCGGAGCAGGUUGCCGAUUACCGGGUGCAAACUCUAUCGAUGAGUUGUGGGAGUUACUCGCCAAUGGAACCCAGCGUGUCGAAAAGUUUCCACGGACCAGGCUUGAUAUCUCAGCAGCAUCACGAGGCACCGUAGGGCCAGAUGCGAAGCCACAGGGGAAAAGGGAAUAUUAUGGAAAUUUUCUCGACAACGUCGACUCUUUUGAUAAUAGCUUCUUUGGUGUGAGUCCUCGGGAAGCUACAUUCAUGGACCCUCAACAGAGGCUAUUACUCGAGACUGCAUAUGAGGCAUUAGAUGCUACUGGGUACUUGCGCACACAUCGUCGCGAAAACUUUGACAAUGUGGGCUGCUUCAUUGGAUCCACGUACGUCGAAUACCUCGAAAACACUAGCGCCUAUAACCCAACUGCUUACACGGCGACGGGCACGAUACGAGCAUUUCAAUGUGGCAGAAUAAGUUAUCAUUUUGGCUGGAGUGGCCCGUCUGAGGUGAUUGAUACUGCAUGCUCAGCUUCCUUGGUUGCGGUAAACCGAGCCUGCAAGGCUAUUCAAUGUGGGGAGUGCCCAAUGGCUUUGGCUGGUGGCGUUAACAUCAUAACUGGCAUGAAUAAUUAUUUCGAUUUGGGAAAGGCUGGCUUCCUGAGCACGACUGGGCAGUGCAAGCCAUUUGACUCCACAGCGGACGGUUAUUGUCGUGCCGACGGCGUUGGCUUGGUAGCAUUAAAAUCCCUGUCACAAGCUGUAACUGAUGGGAAUGACGUGCUGGGGGUAAUUCUUGGUGUGAGCACCAAUCAAGGAGGCUUGUCGCCAGCCAUUACAGUGCCUCAUUCGCGUGCGCAAGUCGAUCUUUUCAAGCGUGUGACCAAUCAGUCUGGUCUCAAGCCCAAUCAAAUUUCGUACGUUGAAGCCCAUGGGACGGGAACCCAGGUUGGCGACCCCAUUGAAAUAUCGAGCGUUCGCGAGGUAUUUGGGGGAGCUCAACGACAUGAUUAUGUAAAUAUCGGCUCACUCAAAGCGAACGUGGGACAUAGCGAAACUGCUGCUGGGAUCGGCAGCCUGAUGAAGGUGCUUGCCAUGCUGAAGCACGGAAAGAUACCUGCUUUGGCUGGUUUCAAGAAUCUCAACCCCAAGAUCCCAGAGCUUGAACCGGACUUCUUGAGGAUUCCUACAGAGGUUCUUCCGUGGAACACUCCUUUUCGUGCCGCGUGCGUUAAUAGCUACGGUGCAGCUGGUAGCAAUUCAGCACUAAUAUGCUCGGAAGCGCCGAGAGAUAUCAAAAAAUCAGCUUCUACCUUGGGGGAAGUACUCGCCCUUGAUUUCCCUAUUCUGUUAAGCGCCGCUUCGACUGAGAGCUUGAGAUUGAAUACAACUAAGCUGGCAACAUAUCUUCAUAGAAACCAGAAGAAUGUGAAUAUUGGUGAUCUAGCAUUCACUUUGUAUGAUCGUCGUAAACAUCACCGGCUGCAAUGGAUUGGCAGCUCUCAUGAUGUGGAAUCACUGGUAAGUUCAUUGGAAACAGCCUCUGACAAAAUCAUCGAAUUACCCUCGUCACCAAAACCCGUGGUCUUUGUAUUCUCCGGUCAAAGCAAGCAAACAAUUGGUCUAGAUAAAUCAUGGUACAAUGCCUUUCCACGCCUUCGGUACUAUAUCGAUCUGUGCAACGACCUUCUCGUUAGCAUGGGAUAUUGUGAGCUUAUACCAGAUAUUUUUGCGUCUACCUCCAUUGAAAAUGUCGUCAAAUUGCAAUGCGGUACUUUUGCUGUACAAUACGCAUGUGCAAAGUCCUGGAUCGAUGCCGGACUGCCUGUAAAAGCAGUCGUUGGACAUAGUUUUGGGGAGUUGACUGCCAUGGCUGUGAGCAAUAUUUUAUCUCUAGAGGACGCCCUCAAAUUAAUCGCUUCACGGGCCUCAUUUAUGCAGACCAAAUGGGGACCGGAGAGGGGAACUAUGCUGGCCGUAGAAGCCAGUUUAGAAACAGUGCGCGAUAUUAUUACAGCCACCGAUGCCACCAUCGAGAUCGCCUGUUUUAAUGGGCCCAAGAGUCACGUUCUAGUUGGAUCUGAAGUCGACAUAGCAAAAACAGAAACGACCAUUUCAACACUCCCUCGCUUCAAAUCCUUGCGGAAAACUCGUGUUCACACCAGUCAUGGAUUCCAUUCCAUCUUCACCCAGCCAAUUCUUCAGGAUCUCGAUACCGUAUCUCAAGAUCUUGCCUUCAAUAAGCCCACAAUACCGUUCGAAGCCUGCACCGAAACGCCAACAGGAAGUAUCUCGCCAUAUAGAAUCGUCCAGCAUACCAGGACACCAGUUUUCUUUGGCGCCGCCAUAUCUAGACUCGAGAAACGUCUGGGGCCCUCCAUCUGGCUUGAGGCUGGAACUGAUUCUCCAAUUAUUUCGAUGACAAAGCGUGCUGUUCAAAAUCCAUCGGACCAUAUAUUCUUAUCAUUGAAGACCAAGGAUGCCGCUAAUUCAUUGUCGGCCGUGACGCACACUACGGCUAACAUUUGGAGAGAGGGUGUUCCUGUUUCUUUUUGGGGCUUCCUGUCCCCGCAGGAAUGUGGAAUUCGACAUAUAUGGCUUCCGCCUUAUCAGUUUCAACGGACAAGUCAUUGGCUUGAACACAUAGACCCUGUUACUGAGGAACGAAAAGCGACGCAAUCUCUAGAUGUGACGAAAGAAAGCACUGCACUCCCAGCUACUCCCACCAAAUUAGUCACUGCCCGGAGGAGAGACUCUACAUCAUGGUCUUCAAUAGAAUUUAACAUUCAUACUAAAACAAGUCGAUUUACAAACAUUGUGUCCGGCCAUGCAGUUCGCAAUCAGCCCCUGUGCCCUGCAUCCAUGUACAUGGAGUGUGCAGUUAUGGCCGCGCAAAUGAUUGAGCCAGGUAUCUCUGCCAAAUAUUUGAAAUUCCAGAAUUUGUCAUUCCAAAGUGCACUGGGUAUCAAUUACAACCGGGAUGUGUUGCUUCAACUAGAUGGAGAAGGAGACUACUUGUCAUGGAAUUUCACCGUCAAAAGUACAGCAGAGAUGUCAAACGGAAGACAAACAACACAUGCCAAGGGCAGACUUAGCGUUGGGUCACAAGUUGACCUCCAACUCUACGAGCGAAUGAUAUCAGAUAAGAUCAAUGAGAUUCUUGUUAAUCCCCGAUCAGAGCGUCUGAUGGCUGGCAGAGCAUACACGCUCUUUUCGAGGGUCGUGAAUUACUCCGACGCGCUACGUGGCAUUUCAGAAAUUACAAUCCUAGACAAUAAGCAUGCAGUAGCUGAGAUUCAUUGCCCUAAGAUCUCUGUCAGUCGAUUGGAAAGUACAGCAGCAGAUGUUUGCGACACAGUCACGCUAGAUACAUUUAUACAAGUCGUCGGCUUGCUCAUCAAUAGCAGUGAUCAGUGCCCUGCAGAUGAGGUAUUUAUCGCCACCAAUAUUGAUAGCAUUGUCAUGCAAGAUUGUGAUUUUACAGAUUCCGAGUCCUGGACAGUGUAUGCUAUGGCAACUGCACGAAGCGAGUCACAUGUGGCCGGUGACAUGUUUGUAUUUACCAAAGAAGGGAAACUCAUCUUCACUGGGUCCGGAGUACAAUUUACACGUCUCCCCAUUACGAAACUUGAGAAGCUGUUGCACGGAGUUGGAAUGCCAUCAACUACAAAGCCCAAUAGCGAUAGGAAGAUUCCUUUACAUGGUAAUCACGUGGCGAGUGAGCAAGCAAUAAUGAGCAGAAUUAAGCACAAAUCUAGUGCUGAAGACCUUGAUGAUAAUACCCUCGUCGCUGCGGAAAGUGUGCCCAGGUAUUCAUCUCUGAGAUCGGCGAUGAUAAAGAACAACGAGAAUUUAAACACACUUGGACUGGACUCAAUUUCAAAGAUCGAAUUUGUCAAUCAACUUCGACAAGAAAUUAGAAACGAUAUGACCCAUAUCAGUGCUCUUUACAACGAACUUCCUUCUAGCAAUGCGUUGGAUAUAAAGAGGGUGCACAUCGAGGAAACAGAGGUAUACUCCUCAUCGCCCGACAGCGCCAAAUCAGCAGAUAUACAUUCCAAAAUCAGAACUAAGCAACGAAUCCUCGAACUGAUUGCAGAUAAUUCUGGCGGUUCUACUAGUAGUAUUGAAGAAAUGACAAGUCUGCAGGAUAUUGGCAUUGAUUCAUUGUCUGUUGUGGAAUUAAAAGAGUCGUUCGAAGACGGAUUUGGUAUCCACUUUGGAAAUUGGGAUUUCGGUUUACAUUUGACUGUGAAAGACAUAGUGGAUUUUGUUGAUUCGCAACUGUAA